UCUCUCACUCCUUGCUGAGCCAGAGGGAGGUGCGAGAGAACGAGUUAAACUAGAGGAAGGUGGGAAGGAAACGUAAAACGCCUCGACAACAAUCUCUUCGGGUUGCGUGAUUAGAUUGGAGGGAACGUAUUCUCCUCAGCUACUUUCCUUUAAGGAUUUACGUUUGAUAAACCUACCUUGUCCCUUCCACCGUUUCAGAGGCUGAAACCACUGAACAAGAUCCUAAAUGAACGUUACGGUGGUGGAAAGAGAAAGAAAAUAAAAAAAUACUCUUCACAGAUUUCUGUGGCGAAAAGUGGAUUGUUCAGUUGUUUUUGAGGAUAUUUAUGACUUCCGAGGAUUUUUAAAAACCUAUUGGAGCAUUGCACCAGACAGACCGCUGUGAUUUUUGACAACUGCCCAACCUGCCGUAUGAGUUUCGCUAUGUCGUGACCAGAACAUCGCGUCCGGAUCCAGUCGAUCUUAUUAACUCUCAACAGCCUAUAGACUUAUCGAUCGGAUCCUGCGGUUUUGGUUUGAAUAUCGGAUCAAUAUAAGUUAUAUUGCGUAUCACUGAGGAGGACAGGAUGAGCGGAGGAGCGGACGUGGUGUGCGCCGGCUGGCUGAGGAAGUCACCGCCGGAGAAGAAGUUACGGCGCUAUGCGUGGAAGAGGCGUUGGUUUGUUCUGAGGAGCGGUCGACUGACCGGAGACCCUGACGUUCUAGAAUACUACAAACAUGACCACGCACGCAAACCCAUACGCAUCAUCAACAUGAGCCUCUGUGAACAGGUGGAUGCAGGCCUAACCUUUAAUAAAAAGGAUUUGGACAGUAGCUAUGUGUUUGACGUGCGGACAGUGGAGAGGGUAUUCUACCUGGUGGCCGACAGUGAGGAGGACAUGAACACAUGGGUCAGGUGUAUCUGUGACCUGUGUGGAUUCAACCCUACUGACCAUGAUAGACCCACCGUCACCGCCCAAACCCCUACAGUCACGGUCACCACGGGCCACGCCCCCGUCUCCGCGGCGACCGCCAUCGUGGCCCCUCCGCCCUACCAGCCGGUCGGUGCGAGGCACCUGGAAUCAGUUAGCAGUCAGGAGGAGGGAACAGAGUACCUGUGGCUGUCACACUGCCAGAGCAAGACGCCACACAGGCCUCCAGUUAGUUCCUACCACUCUACCUCCUCUGACACAACAGACUACAAUGAUAACACUCUCCCGUCCCACUGGCCUCCUCCCUCUUCUUCCUCCUCCUGUUCCUCACCCUCCUCCCUCGCUAAAGGCCUCCCCCCUCACGCCCACGCCAGCAUCGGCCCUCGGGCCGUCACCACGGAGACCAACCCGUUUAGCAAAUCGCAGGACAGCGCGUUAACCCCUGAAGUCCAUAGGGGCUGGACUAGGGGUCAUCCGUCCCCCCACCCCAGAAAACACUCCCUCCAGCUGCAGGCUGUGUCUCUCCCUCCCAUCUGUAAUGACAUGGUCUUCAACACAUCGAGCACUAUAAACACUAAAGCACACAGUUUCACUUCUAAUAGCAACACGACUUACCAGGUGCCCUCCUCUACUCCUACCGCAGGCUCACCCACACCAGGUCAGGGUGACUCCUCCACCCCUCCACCACGCCCCCCCAAGCCCCUGGUCUCUGCCCCAGCCGAGGUGUCUUCUCUGGCCACUCUGUCGGCCUCACUCCACCGGUCUGCUUCAGAACCAGAGAGGAGCUAUGGAGGAGGACGAGGUAGAGGAGGAGAAGGACAGGGAGGAAGGGGAGAAAGAGGCAACAAUCCCAGAGCACCUCGUUGUAACACCAUAGCUACCUCAGGCUAUACACACACAGGCACAGGUUCCCAGGAGAGCUAUGCUGUACCAAGGUCCCUCGCUGACCAGACCAGAGCCAGCAUGUCUGACCAGACCAGAGCCAGCAUGUUUGAGUUUAGCGACAACUUCAACAGCUACUUUAUGAAUAAAGGCAUGGUACCAUUAGGUGGAACGUGUCCAGGAAAGGAAGAUGUCGAUGAGAACUAUGUUCCCAUGAACACUGCCGACGCCUCCCUCGUCUCCUUACCUCCCCCCUCCUACCCCGACCCCACCUCCCUCGUCUCCUUACCUCCCCCCCUCCUUCCCCGACCCCAACUCCCUCGUCUCCUUACCUCCCCCUCCUUCCCCGACCCCAACUCCCAGGACCCCAACUACGUCAUUAUGACCCCAUGCCCUGGAGAAUUGCCUUCUCUGGGGAGACAGGUACCCCCGCCUGCACACCUGGGUUUCCGCUCCUCCUCCCACAACCCCCACACACGCCCAUCUCGCAGACACACCACCGGGGGAGGAGGAGGGGGAGGAGCGGGAGACACCCAACCACCACCCAUUCACCGCAACCUCAAACCCCGGAAAACAAGUCUGAUCAUGAUGGUUGUAGUGCUCUGGGGUGAUGUCAUAGGGUCAUACGUCAUCUGUUCAGUGACAUUGUUUAUGUUGAACAAAUCAGGUUUCAGCCCCAUCUCCCUCCACCCAAAACCCCUGGGCUUGGAGAGGACUGACUCACAGACUGUUGGAGAGUUCACACGGGCAAGGAGACUUAAGGUUAAACCCACCCCUCUGGACAUAACACCUGUGCAGGAGUGGGAGGAGAUACCGCCACCUGUACGAUCACCUGUCACCAGAACCUUCACCCGGGAUCCAUCCAGCUGCUACACGUGUCCGUCCGAUAGACCCUCUACCUGCCAAAGCUCCACCUCCAGCUCAGACUCGGACGACCCAGACGACAACUACGUUGCCAUGACAACAUCCAACAUCGCCCUCGCCGCCGUCGUGUCGACCCUGCGUGGGGACAGCCCCAUGGUCUUACGGAGGCCUAGAGGGGACAAACAGGUUGAGUACCUGGAUCUGGACCUACACACUGGUAGAGUGGCCACACCCCCACGACAGAAAAAGAGUGUGUUGGGUGGCUCGAUGGGCUCGAGCGAAGGUGAGCGUGCACGUGAGCGUGAAGGUGAGCGUGCACGUGAGCGUGUGGACUAUGUGGUCGUUGAUCCUGAGAGAACCAGAGCUCUGAAAAGUACCAGGGAGGCGUGGCACGACGGGAGACAGUCUACUGAGAAGGACAAAUAACACACACACACACACUGAACAGACACACACACACACACACACACUGAACAGAUACACACACACACAUUGAACAGUCACACACACACACACACA